AUGAGCAGCCACAGCGAUAGCCACACGCGUAAAUAUACACCACCAGCGUCUACAGGAUGGAUAAAGGCUGGGGAGCCAUCGACGAGGCCAAGUGGGGGUGUUGUGCGUCGACAACGCACUUCACCGGCGCAGCUCGAUGCGAGGAUUAAAAGCAGCAAGUGGACGGUAGACCGUGAGCUAUUCUCGCGCGCGAUGAGCAACACCAAGGACAAACUGCUAUCUAGCGCUGCCGAUAUGGGUGGUGAGAGAAAGGGCAGUGGCAAGAACGGCAAGAACGGCAAGAACGGCAAGAACGGCAAGAACGGCAAGAAUGCCAAGAAUAGCGUCAGACCCCAAAGCAAGAUAUUCUGGAAUCCAGAAGAGUACUACAGGAGGAAAGAGGCGUAUGCGGAGGAGAAGGAGAAGGAGAAGGAGCUCGAACACUCCCACUCCCACUCCAAACCACCUUCACCCAGCCAACAACAGCACACGCACGUAUUCGACGCACCAUCAUCACCCUCGUCGCUGGCUAAGGAGCUGACGAGCGGCGGGGCACUCUCGCAGCUGGCUAGGAUGCGCCACGCCGCAGGUCUGUCGCCCGUCGAUGAGGAGAAGCGGGCUAAGGACCGUCUGACGACACUGCGCGAGCGGCGCGUUGAGCUUGAGAUGCGCAAGGCGAUGUUGGCCGAUGACGAUGGCGAGGGUGGAAAUGGAAAUGCAAGUGAAGAACACCCCACUGACUCUCUCCAAUCUCACCUAGCUGCCCUCGCUACCUUUAGCAAACGGCUCAAUCAAGUUACCAUCCCGUCGCUUAAGAGGGAUAGCAAUGGCAGUCGUAAUCGUAAUCGUAAUCGUAAUCUCAGCAACAACACCACCAACAACACUGACAACAAGAGAAGAAAGUACACUCAAGAUAUGGACAAUCACUCUUCACUCUUUUCACCCCCAAUGAGAUCAACGACGAUCGAGGACUUGGAGGCGGAUCAGGAUCAGCGCGAGGAUGAAUGGCUCUUUACGCAGAAUGGCAAUAAUGGAUACAGAACAUUCACACAGAUAUUGACUGAACGCACUCCUCAGAAGAGUACGCGUGGUCUAUCCAACAGAAGUAGCGUUUUAGUUGCGAACACUCCAUCACCGCGAUCGCCAUCAAAGGAACUACGACAGUCCAAGCUAAAAGUCCAUACGCCGCCUAAAGACUCGCACACACACAUGCCCACUGAAACCUCUAUACCAACUGGUGCAAUUGGGUUUCCUGAGCUGGAGAGAGCGUGGGAGGGGACACGACCUAUUACCCAAAAUAAAGGUUUGGGGCGGGGUAAGAGAAAUAAGGAGAAGGAGAAGCAAAAAGAUACCAAGAGACAGAGUCUGAUAUCUGGCUGGAUCACUCAGUCACAGAAUGAUGAGUUGGGUGAGGAGGUGGCAGACGAUCCUCAGAAACGAUUGUGGGGUGGCUUAGAUAUGGACUCGACUGAUAGACCGAAUGUGUCUUUGGACGUGGACAGCGAUUGCCAAGAAGAGGAUGACUACGAUGACAUUGAAUCUUUAGACAUGGAAACACCCAAACGAAACCGAACAGCUCAGUCACUUCCUCUCGAAUUUCUUCAUGAUGACAGCCCGUCGUCUGAGCGAGGAGUUGCGAAUAUUUUCAAUGACACAAAGUCACAGUAA